AUGUGCGGCCGCAGCCGCUGCACGCUGGAGCCGGCGCAGGUCGCGGCGGCGGCCGGCAUCCCGCCGGACCAACUGGACGCGCGGUGCGGCGCGCCCGGCUGUCGUUUCGUAUUCGCGUGGGCGCAGGCCGGGGGCCGGCUGCGGCGGGGCUUCGGGUGGACCG